GCUCGGGCUGGGCUCACACUGAGCUGUUGUGUCUCUCAGUCUCUGGCUGUCACUCAGCUCGCUGUUUCAACUCCAUCAGACGCACCAACGAGUACAGGACGCCUCUCAGACAACAUGAACCUUUUCUGCUUUUCACUGGAGGGGUCUAUGGACAGCCUGUAUGAGGCUGUGCAGAGCUCAAGUGACGUCCCACCACGCGCCAUCCCCAGCCGCUCCUCCAGCCGCUCGUGCAGCCGCUCGUGCAGCCCAGCGGUCCUGCUGGAUGACAACACGAAGUGGCGAGGCUCAGGAAGAUCUAUUUCUAUGGAGAUGCCUCAGACGCAGAACUAUAAUAAAAAGAAAAGAAGAACACAUGUAUCCAAAUCAGUAUCAGAUAAUGAAGCACUGGAUAACCCCAGCUGUAAUACUGCGGUUUGGCAGCCUGCCAAGAGACGAGAAGAUUUAGUCCACGUCACCAAGAAUCACAAUGAAGAGACGAGGAAGCCUAAACACAGAACAGAAACCAAAGAAGGGAAAGGAGCGCAUCAUUCUGGUACAAAGAAAAAGGAGAAACUACCCUCAAGCCAGCAUGGCGUGACAGAGUCUAAACCUGCAGUCAAAAGAAGCCAAAAGCCCGGCAAGAAACCAGGUGGAAAGAGUAGUGGGAAAGAGGGGUCAAAGAAAAGUCACAAUGCCACAGUGCCCUCCCCACCAUGUAGUAUGAGCCCACCCAUAGGAUCCCACUAUCUGGAUGUGCCAUACAGAUCAGACAUGAAACAAUACCUAGGCAGGUCCUCCACCCUUCCCGCUCAGGAGAACGCAACUCCGGGUCGAUGCAUAGAAAUGGCUACCCUCCCUGGUGGAGCGACACCUACCCACACCCACCACCACCAGCAGCGCUGGAGCAACCCAGGUGACAGGAGUCCUGCCUGGGGGACAGUUCAACACACCUGCCGCAGGCCACUAACAGAGUAUCGCGUGUAUUCACAUGAGUUCACCGCUCAACAUGGGAAGGAGUUGGAUGGAAGAAAGCAGCAAGGGACGGCCCAGGAUGGCAACUUGAAACAGGACUGUAAACCCCAAAUUCCUACAAAGGUGCCGCGAUCUAUCACAGAUGUGGAUCUUUCAGAACCAAAUCAUAAGACCUCCACUGAUACCCAGCGAGCAUGUGCAGCGUGUGCCCCAUGUGACACGGGGCAGUUGCUAAAGCUUAACAUGACUUGGGAGAAAAUUGUCUACAAUGAAAAGGAUGAUCUGGUGUAG